AUGUCUUGGACAACGGGGAAAUCACGUUAUGUGAAGGAUGUUUCAAAGCUACCUAAAUAUUUGCAGAAGCAAUUUGCCAAAGAGCAGGACAAAGUAGCUUUGCCUGGUUUCAAAGGCUUUUACCCAGAUCUAGUGCCUAGAAGAGAUCAAAAGUCUAGAUUUGAAGCAGGUAUAAUGGAGGGAGAUAUGGCUUAUGUCACAGAGGGACCUCAUAAAGGCAAAGUUCUUGAAGUGUUGGCUUACAGUCCGCAAUACGACACUGUUUCCUUGGCGAAUGUUACCUCAAAGAAAUUGAUUCCUAAACCGUUCUGGCCUGAAGGUCAAACCUCGCACGUUUUUGAUUUUCCUGACUUUAUUCCUAGAAAACAAGUUAGAGUUGUUGGUAAGGAAAAAGAUGACGAAGGAAAAAUAUCUUAUGUUGUUGCAGAAGAGGUGGAAAUGGGUGAAAAAUAUUUUGACGAAAGGUUUAAUCAAUGGGUACCUCGUAGAUACAUCAAGCACCACGACUAUGAAUUACCUUGGCCACAACCACAGAAAGUAGAGGAUGGUGAGUUGUCAACCUCUCCAGAAGUUAUGAGGGAGAAGACUUUUGAAUUUAACACGAUUGGAAAAUCAACGAUACCAAAAUCAUUAGUCAACGAAUUGAGAAAUCCAUACAGUAAAUACAAGAGAAGAACGCUUGAUGGUCUACAAGUUGCCAAGCUUAAUGGUCCUGAAAUGCCAUUAACUACAGAGCAAAAAAUCUGGUUGGCCAAAGAAGCUGAAAAGCCAAAGAAAACCUUACAACCAUUGUCGGAAGAGGUUCAAGAUUUUAUUGGUUCGAAGAUGGCUGAGCAUAUGAAUAAGAUUAAGAGUCCAGAGUUGCGUAUGCAUUUGGAAGAAUUGUCAAAGAUGAAGACUCGUGGAUAUGAGGAGACAAUGUCUGCUAUUAACGGAGAAGUAGACAAAAUUGGUUCCAAUACCGAUUUUGGAAUUGCGCUGGCUACCGAAGUAAAAACCAAAGAGCAACAAAUCUAA